AUGCAGAACUUUGUUUUCAAGAUUAUCGAUAUUAAUAAUGUCCCACUGCGCAAUAGCACGGUGUGGGUACGAUGGCGGUUACCAUCAUCGAGUGCAACGGAGCAUCAAGGUCACACUGAGAAGGCACCUCUAUCAAACCAUCGUGCCUCCUGGAAUUACGAGAAAGCUGUCCACGUGAGGCUCACCAUUGAUCGAAACUCAAUGCUCCAGGAGUGUGAUGUCAACUUUGAGGUCUUCCAAGAAUUUCAUUCAUCUCCCAUCAAUGAGAAGCAUGUGCUAGGCAAAAUCAAGCUGAAUCUCGCUGAGUAUGUCGACAAGGUGGACGAGGAUGAAGGAGUGGUGAGGCGAUACUUGAUGUCAGAUUGCAAGGUCAACAGCACACUCAAGAUUGGAAUUGCUAUGCGCCAGAUAGAGGGAGAUCGCAACUUCACCACUCCACCACUCAAAUCCGCCACUGUAUUCGGAGGAAUCGCAGGAAUGGUCCAUAUGUCAGAGCCGGGGGACUCUGAAGAACUUGGACACCUGCCCGCCGUCGCUACUAAAAGCAGGGAAGCAGCCGACAUGCAGGACAUGUACCGACGUACCCUCGCAGCUUCCUGGAACUCUCGCGCUUGGGAGCUACCCGCGGAUAAGCUGAUCGAGGAGUUGUUCGCUGGGGGCGCGCGCUGGAACAACUCGUCUCACGGCCACCACACCGAUGAUUUUCCAGAAGGUGGGAGUAGAACCUUGACCGUGGAGGCUGCACAUCAGCAAACCCGACCCGGAAACCGGCUUUCGCCAAGCUAUGAAAAACGGCCCAAAAGUGCAUCGAGCGGUCACGGUCAAGGUGGCGCACAGUCUUCAGAUUCACGCUCUGGGUACGGUCAUGCCCAGAAGGGCGGUAGUAUUGAACAGCAACUACAAGACAACGCAAAAGGACGUGGGUUGAAACCACGGCAUGCGGAGCAUGAGCUGUCGGAGUUUGACGUGAGGGAAGAUUUAAGAAGCUGGGAGAUCCGUGUCGAGCGACCGGAGGAGGAAUGA